AUGUCGUUGAGCCGUUGUCUUCCUUUGGGUCAGAGCACCCGUGCGAUUAUCAUUCCAACCAGAUUGGCGCAUGCUGCUUCUACUCAUGCUGCGGGAGCUACACAAGCCGAUGAGGCUCCAAACUUCUUCCAGAAGAUCGCCCUCCGUUUCAAUGGAAUCCCACUCAAAGGUGAAGCUCAUCCACCAAAAUCGAUGUUCGACGAUUGCAACAAGGAAUGGUCCGCACCAGAGCCACUUCCAGCAAUUCCGAAAGACUUCAAGGAGCAUCCAGAGCGAGACUUGGUCAAUUAUCCGUACCCAGCUCGCCCGAUGUAUCCACCAAAGACCCGAAUGCUCAUGAUGCCCGAUUCGUGGUUCACUCCAUUCAAUAAGGUUACUGGUGUCUCUGGACCAUACCUCUUCUACGGAGGUCUCUUCGCAUUCCUUGUCAACAAGGAAUUGUGGGUGUUCGAGGAGCAAGGACACAUGACUGUUGGAUGGAUUUUGUUCUACCUACUCAUCUCCAGAACAGUUGGAUACAAGAUCGACAACUAUUUGUACGGAGAGUACCAAAACCGAGUCAACUUUUUCAAGGGACUCAUCGCUGAAGAUCUUAAGGACGCCGUUCAGUUCCGCAAGACCUCUGCUGCUGAAACUGAAUCGUUGAACGCCAUUAAGGAAAGCCUUCCAGUUGCUCUCAAGGAAAGCAUGGCUCUCCAACUUGAAGCCACUUACAGAAAGAACGUCCAAUCUGUGGCCACGGAAUUAAAGAGACGCAUCGACUACUUGAAGGAGACCGAAGAGACUAAACAGCGUUUCGAGAAGGAGCAGCUCUUGAAGCUCAUCAACGAUGGAGUGGACAAACAAGUUAACGACAAAUCAUUCAAAGACCAGUAUCUUCAAAACGCUAUCCAGCAGCUGAAGGGAUUGAACGUGCAAAUUUAA